AGGAGGUGUCCGUGUUUCUCCACCUCGCGUCAGGUGUGAUUCGAGGAUGUGGACGCUGUUGUUUUUGGGUGCCUUGAUGGGGGUGUCGGGGUCCCCGGCGACGCCCCCCGCUGCGGCUCAGCAGCUUCAGGCGCUCCACUGCCCCCCCUGCGAGCGGAUCCACUGCUCCACGCGGCGGGCGCUGAAGCUCCAGUGCGCGGGGGGGGUCACGACGGGUGUGUGCGGCUGCUGCCCCGUCUGCGCCAGGGCGGAGGGGGAGACCUGCGGGGGGACGUGGGACUAUCUGGGCAAGUGUGACGAGGGUCUGGUGUGCGUUUACGGGGACACGACAGCUGACCAAGCGCACGCGGAGCGCACAGGCACCUCCAGGGCAGUGAUCGAAUCGCUGGAUCCAGAGAGCUGUCACCCGGAGUGCACCAGGGAAUACUGCCAGGCCAACCCCUCGGAGAUCUGCUCCGCCAGGUCUGUUUCCCUGGAGAAGCGAGCGUGCCAGGGCUCCUGCCAGCACACCUCCUGUUCAAGCUGCCUGCUGCUGAAACCCCCACCCUGCCCCCAGAGCUGCACCGCCUCCCAUUCCCCCUGCUUGCAACGCUUUGGGAAGUGUGUGCACAAUCACCUGAGAGCCACACACAGCCCCGUAUGCCACAACAACCUGCAGACUGAUGGUGUGGGGCAUUUCCUGUGUUUGGUCCCAGCUUGUACAAACACAGCGUAGUAGUUCUCUAUGUAAAGAGAGGAAAUCUGCACUAGUUAAUGUAGCAAAAUAGGAAAAGGCAGCUAUCUGUAAACUGUAUGUAUUACUGGAAUAAUUAUUAUCCAACAUGUAUGCAAUGUGAACCUGAAUAAAAAACCUGUGAAAUGUAA